CACCGGUCAUGUUUCCCUGCUGAACUGCACUGCCGUUGUAAACACCAGCAACGAGUCACUAACUGACAAGAACCCAGUGUCUGACAGCAUCCAUCAGCUGGCCGGGCCCGAGCUGAGAGACGAGCUCCUGAAACUCAAAGGAUGUCGGACGGGAGAGGCAAAGCUGACCAAAGGCUUCAACCUGGCAGCGCGAUUCAUCAUCCACACUGUGGGACCGAAAUACAAAGCCAAGUACCGAACAGCRGCAGAGAGCUCGCUCUACAGCUGCUACAGGAACAUCAUGCAGCUGGCUGCAGAGCAGUCGAUGACGUCUGUUGGCUUCUGUGUGGUGACCACAACAAAAAGAGCUUAUCCACUCGAGGACGCUACACACAUUGCUUUCAGAACWGUGCGCAGGUUUUUGGAGAACCAUGGAAACAGCAUUGAGACGGUGGUGUUCACAGUGUCUGAGGCAGAGGAGCCUGUGUACAAUAAGUUACUUCCUCUGUACUUCCCUCGCUCUGACGAAGAAGAGAAGUUCUGCCUUCCUCUCAUCCCAGCUGACAUUGGCAACUCUGAGGGGGAACCCGUCGUCCCAGAAAGACAGAUCCGCAUCACUGAGAAACCAGGCAGCCUGGAAGAUGAAUAUGAGGAAGAGAGCCUGGAACUGGAUUUGGGUCAAGUGGGAACUCACGCCUUUGCUCGGAUGGAGGGCGAUGUGGACAAACAGAGGAAGCUAAUCCUUCAGGGUCAGAUGUCGGAGGCAGCCAUGCAGAAACAACACCAGAGGAACUAUAGUCGAUGGUUGUGUCGAGCGCGAGCAGAGGAUCUAUCAGACAUCGCUGCCCUGAAGGCUUUAUAUCAGACUGGUGUGGAUAUGUGUGGCAGGACCGUGAUGGUUGUGGUUGGACGAAACAUCCCYGUGACCCUCAUUGAUCUCGAAAAGGCUCUGUUGUAUUUUAUCCAUGUGAUGGAUCACAUUACAGUGAAGGAGUACGUGAUGGUUUACUUCCACACCCUGACCGGAGAGCACAACCACCUGAACUCCGACUUCCUCAAAAACCUCUAUGACAUCGUCGACAUGAAGUACAAGAGGAAUUUGAAGGCCUUCUAUUUUGUCCAUCCAGCAUUUCGCUCAAAG